ACCGUCGGCGCGGGGCGCAAUCGGCAAUCAGACAGACGGGUCACACGUCAAACAUGGCGGAGCUGGUCGCGAUACCGUUGAAGAAGCCCUCGGACGUUGACGUGGUGAAGCCGCUCACCAAUGUCAUCCGGUCGACGUACAGCGGCACGGGCAAGGAUUACGCGGACGCUAUCGCCGAGUUCAGCAAGCUGCGGAACAACGCUCUGUGGCGCGCCUUCGAGAAAUACGAGAGCUCCUUGCAGGUUAUCUACAGCUAUUAUGAUCAGCUAUGCGCUCUGGAAGGAAAAAUCCCUGCUCACGAGCUGCAGAUACCGUUCAAAUGGAAAGACGCCUUCGACCGUACGAUUUUUGGUGGAAAACUCAGCUUGAAAGCAAUUUUGACAAACGGACGUCCAGAAUGUCACGCGAUCAGUACAUUGGCGUACGAGAAAGUAUGCGUGCUCUUCAAUAUCGCCGCUUUACAAAGUUCAGUGGCGGCUACGCAAUCCUUGGACACCGAUGAGGGAUUGAAGCUAUCGGCCAAGUUAUUUCAGCAAUCAGCUGGAAUAUUCAAUCAUCUGAAAGGCAACGUUAUGAUGGCGAUUCAACAAGAACCGACGCCCGAUAUUAGCCCAGAAACUCUCGGGGCGUUGAGCGCAUUGAUGCUCGCGCAGGGGCAGGAGAUAUUUGUGCACAAAGCGAUCCAUGAUUCUAUGAAGGACGGCAUUGUUGCUAGGCUGGCAGCGCAAGCGGAAGAACUGUAUGCGGACGCGCUUAAACUGUUCCAGAAAGAAAUCUUUCGCGCAUUUUGGGACAAGGAAUGGGUACCCCUGAUCGCAGGCAAACAGGCCGGUUAUCGCGCCAUGGCUGAAUUUUAUCAAUCUCUCGUGUGCAAGAAUAACAAACAGAUUGGCGAAGAAAUCGCUAGACUGGAGCACGCCGUGGAGCUGUUCAAAGCCGCUCAGCAAAGAUCGAACAAACCGAACUUGUUCCAAGAUUAUGCCAACAGGGCGCAAAGAAAUCUGACGGAGGUGAAGAAGGAUAAUGAUUUCAUAUAUCACGAAAGGAUUCCGGAUAUCAAGAACGUGGAAGCUAUAGGAAAAGCUAGCGUCGCCAAACUACUCCCGCUACCUGAAGUAUUCAGUGCCGAUUUUAAAGACUUGUUUGCCGAGUUGUUACCUCUUAAUGUGCGCCACGCAUUGUCGGCCUAUGAGAAUCGUCGUAAUGAGCUUGUUAAUUACGAGAUUUCGAAUCUUCGUGAAAUGACACAGCUUUUAAAUAGCGUUUUGGCAAGUUUGAACUUACCAGCGGCUAUAGAAGAUACGAGUGGCACGGAGAUACCUCAGUCGCUGUUGGACAAGGCGCUUCACGUACGAGAAUCGGGUGGAAUAAACGCUCUGGAGGUAGCCAUGAGAGAACUGCCGGAUUCGUUGCUGCGUAAUAAAGAGCUUUUAGAUGAGUCGGAAAGAAUGCUGCAAGAAGAACGUGAUUCUGACAACCAGUUGAGAGAGCAAUUCAAAGAACGCUGGAAGCGGACACCCAGUGCCCGAUUGACAGAACAAUUUACUAGCAAUUUACAUAAAUAUCGCGAAAUUAUAAAUAACGCAGUCACUGCUGAUAAGGUAGUUCGUGAAAAAUAUGAAAACCAUAAAGAAGGGAUCGAAAUCCUGAGUUUGGACGAGGACGAGCUUGCCAGGGCUAUUCCGCAAGGUUCUGCUCUCCAAGAAAGUAAUGCUGUUAUUAAGCUCAGGAAAUUAAUGGAUGAUGUAUCCACAUUAAAAACUGUACGAGACACUAUCGAAAAUGAAUUCAAGUUCGCUGCCAAUGACAUGAAGACGAUGUUCCUCUCGGCACUGGCCAAGGACGGCGCGAUCGACGAGCCAAAUAUGUCCGUCGAGAGUUUGGGAAAGUGUUACGGGCCCUUGCAGAAGCAAGUACGAGAGAGUAUAGCGCAGCAGGAGAAAUUGGUUGCUGACAUUCAGAGUUGCCAUGCAGAAUUUACGAAUGAACAAGCUGGUAGCGGUAGCGCGCGAGAAGCGAUACUCUGUAAACUGGCUUCCGCUUACGAUGCAUUUAAAGAGCUGAAGAAUAACCUAGUGGAAGGGGCUAAGUUCUACAACGAUUUAACGCAGCUACUCGUGGUUUUCCAAAACAAGAUAUCAGAUUUCUGUUUCGCACGAAAAACCGAGAAGGAGGAACUCCUGAAAGACUUAACUACGAACCUAAGCCAGACCGGUCCCGCUGCGACGCCAAGCAUUCCGUCUCAUCACGGCAGUGGUCCGCCUGGCAUAAACCCAACAGCGGAAGCCGCCUCAGCGUCGCCGCAGCUGCCUUAUCCGGUCCAGCACCAUGGCGGAAUGCCCAUACCUUACGGUGCUGCGGCAGCAACACCGUAUCCAGCAUUCGUUCCUCCGCCGAUGCCGACAGCCUACAAUCCAUACGCUACGAUGCCGUAUCCUACGCAAGGGGGAUACAAUCCAUACCAGGGUAUGCCUCAAGCUCCGUACGGAGGUUACGCCACGUUACCGCGUUACGGUGGCACUCAACCACCGCAUGGACAAAACCCGUGGUGAACCAAACGGAAGGCGGUUAUUAGCGUAUAUUACGAUUUAACGUAUAUUCGUAUAUCGCGCAUAUUUUAUAUAUAAAAUUCUAGAAAAGUCUGCUAUUAAUCGACAUUGGACGAACAAUGUUGCCAAGCAUAGUCCAAAGGAGUUUGCGUUUACUAAUUGUUACACGUUUCACCGUGUCGAGUCGUUUAUCCGGUACAGAUCGAUCGUUGAUAUUUGUUAAACUCUAAGUGCCGCUUCAUCAAUUUUGUGUAGAGGGCUUAUUAUCAAUUUAUAAAUAUAUUUUGUAAAAUAAGUCGAACGUAUAGAAAUUAUUUUCACCUAGACCACCUGGAGAAAAGAAUCUCGAUGCGUCGACUACUGAUAGAACAACUUCAGGCACACUACGUUCGUAUAAGCAUAAAUAUACAUAUAUAUUUCUAUUGAAGAUAAAUUAUAUUCACAGUAUAAUUUAUCAGUUUAUGAUGUACAUAUUAUGUAUACCUUGUGUUUUAAUAUAAUUGCAUACAAUUAUA